UUAUCGACCUGCUGGCAUAUUUUGGUCUGGUUUACGAUCGUAAGACGGCGUCCCAGCGAGUUGUCCAUGGUCACCUGAAAAGACACGGUGACGGCACGCAUCCGAUAAUCGCUGAGAAAAAUAUUAAAGGAUAAAGUAAAAUCUUCGACUCUUAUUCGUAAUUAUUGCACGGUGGCGAGGACUAAAUAGCCUUCAUAUAGAAUGUCGGCGAUUAAAAUUUUUAUAUACGUAAAGUCAUCGAUUACUGCGUAAAUUUAGUUAAUACGAGUCAAGGAGUAUAUUUAGUGUUUUUAAAAUAGUCGUAAAGAGUCCGUUAUCGUCUUUUGGAUUGUUAAUUUGAAAAAUCAAUGUUAUUCUGUGCGAGGGGUCACGAGCGCGACCUAACGAAGAGUCGCGACCGCGAUAGGAUUUGCAUACGUGAAUUACAUCAUCCGGUCGAUCUCCGUGAGACCCAAAUGCGCUAAAUUUAGACGGGGUCCUACUACGAAAGAGAAUCGAAGAAAGGCCUGUGACGCCUGUGACGUCAGACUGUUUCGCUUCUUGGAAGGAGACGAAGACUGAGCCGCCUAAGAAUAAUAUCGCGGAAUACAAGACCGGAUGCUGGCUCCAUUUUUAUUGUUCGAUUGGUGCAGCGCAUUGGAAAGAGACUGAAUCUCGCAUGUGCAUUCUUUCAAAGCUGAACUUUCCCUGCGGUUUGCGAACGUAACCACCGACGACUGGUUAUGACAUACAAGAAUAAAUAUGUUGUAGAUUAUUGAUUGUGGUAUUUUGGAAAAAAAAAAUUUUUGUUCAUUCUUCAAACACGUAGAAACUUGAAGAGCAAUAAAUAAAAAUACUCCUAAAUACUAGGAAU